AUGGCCCAAAUCCGUGGCACCGCGGGUUACAACCUCGGCCACCAGAACCCAUUUGGCGGGCCCGGUAGCGCAAAUGCCACCAACGACCCCAGUCCGUUGGAUGCCAUCCGCGAGCAGACAAGCAAGAUUGAAGACUGGCUAGACACCUUGGCCGACCCAGUGAAGCCCUAUCUUCCCGCCAUUGGCCGCUUCCUGAUCGUAGUCACCUUCCUCGAAGACUCCUUACGAAUCAUCACACAAUGGAGCGACCAGCUCCUCUACCUCCGCGAUUUCCGAAAGAUUCCGUGGGGAUUUACACACCUGUUCCUGAUUAUCAAUGUUAUUGCCAUGAUUGUUUGUUCGACUUUCGUCAUUACCCGCAAGCGCACCGAGUACGCCGUCGCAGGACUGCUGGGCGUCGUUAUCACACAGGGUCUCGGAUACGGACUCAUCUUCGACUUGAACUUCUUCCUGCGCAAUCUGAGUGUCGUUGGUGGGCUGUUGAUGGUUCUUUCUGACUCGUGGGUGCGCAAGAGAUUCGUUCCCGCCGGUCUGCCUCAGCUUGAUGAGAAGGAUCGCAAGAUGUACGUCCAGUUCGCUGGUCGUGUGUUGUUGAUCUUCCUGUUCAUUGGAUUCGUCUUCUCUGGCGAGUGGACUUUCUGGCGCAUUUUGGUUAGCUUGUUUGGUCUUGUCGCCUGCGUUAUGGUCAUUGUUGGUUUCAAGGCCAAGUGGAGCGCUAUUAUCCUUGUGGUGCUGUUGAGUCUGUUCAAUGUGUUUGUGAACAACUUCUGGACGCUGCAUCCCCACCACCCCCACAAGGACUUCGCCAAGUACGACUUCUUCCAGAUCUUGUCUAUUGUCGGCGGUCUGGUCCUUCUGGUCAACAUGGGCCCCGGCCAAUUGAGCAUGGACGAGAAGAAGAAGGUCUACUAG